UAACUAAAAAUGAAAUAAAAAUGAAUAAACACUGUAUAGAUAUAUAAAAAGAGAAAUGCUAAAACAUACUAUUUUUUGUUUCUCGACAGUGAUGUGUCCUUAAAAUAUGUUGUAUAAAAUUGAGUAGCUGUGUAUUAAUAAAACGAUCACUAGUCCUCGGAUCUGAAGCUGUUCACUAUGAAUAAUCGGUACAGUAAUUAUUUGUAGAACACGUGACUGCAACUUUAAUUCUUCAUCAUCAUCAUCAUCGUCAGUGCAGUGACAGAAUGAAGAGCAGCGCCACCCAGCGGCCGCUGCAGGAACACAAACACUGCUCUGAUCUGACACUUGCUGUCUUUAUCUUUGAUUCGGCUGAUCUUCCUGCGCGUCAGAGCGACUGUGAUCAGAGAGACUCGCUGAACAUCGAGACUCUCGCUGAUGAAUGUGAUCGAGGACUGAAUGAGCUCUGAAGGAGACUGUGACCUUCGGUUUCACAUUUCUGCAAUGACAAAAGCGACACACACACACACACACACCCGUCUCUACGACACACGGCACGCGCUUAUCUUCUGCAUCGUUUUUCUUCAUCAUCAUCAGAUCGACAACCGGCGUUUCUCCGCUGAUGAUGUCACGCGUUCAGCGGAUCGAACCGAGUGAAUCCGAUGCUUCUGCUUGAUCGGUUCUGAUUCUCUUUGAUCGGUUCUGCCGGUUCUGAUCGUGAUGCAUCUCGCAGAUUUCAUCGCCGGUUCUGUCGGAGGAGCGUUCGGAGUGGCGGUGGGGUAUCCGCUGGACACCGUGAAGGUGAGACUCCAGACGCAGACUCAUGAUUCUGGCGUUUGGGAAUGUGUGAGAAGAACCUGCAGAACCGAAGGAGUCAGAGGUUUCUAUCGAGGGAUGUCGAUGCCGGUAACCACCGUCUCCAUCAGCUCCUCUCUGGUUUUCGGCACUUACAGGAACGUUCUUCAUUACCUGCAUCAGAUGCGGCACAGAAGCGCAGCGGAUCCUCACCAUAAAGCUCAUAUUUUUCUGUCUGGGUUCGCCGGAGGCGUCGCUCAGGUUUUGGUGAUGUCACCCGCAGACAUCGUGAAGGUCCGUCUUCAGUGUCAGAUGGAAGGGCGGAGAUACAGCGGUCCACUGCACUGUCUGCUCAGCAUCGCCCGCGGCGAGGGUCUGCUGGGCCUCUAUAAGGGUUCUGCUGCGUUAGCCCUGCGCGACGGACCCUCCUUCGCCACCUAUUUCCUCACUUACAACACCAUCUGUGAUUCGCUGUCUGCAGAGAACCAUCAGCCAGGCUGGCCGGUGGUUCUUCUGGCCGGUGGCGUGUCCGGUAUGUGCGGCUGGGCCAUCGGGACGCCCAUGGACGUGAUCAAGGCCCGUCUGCAGGUGGACUAUGUGAGCGGCCGGCGCUACAGAGGAUUCUUUCACUGCAUCGCACACAGCGUGAGGACCGAAGGCGUAUCCGUCCUGUUCAGAGGCCUGACGGUAAACUGCAUCCGCGCUUUUCCCGUCAACAUGUCCGUCUUUGCCACGUACGAACUGGUCGUUCGCUUCCUGCGUUCAGCGUCAUGAAGGUCAUGGUCAGAUCUUCUCUUUGCACAAUAACGUUUGUGUUCCACUGUGAGCUGCAGAAGCUCAUGAACCAGAGUGAAUAUGGAUCAUCUGUAUUAAUAUAUAUUUGAGUGUUUUGCAGUGUCUACCUCCAGAUGCGUCUGCUGAAGAGCAUCAUGUAUGUUUAAGGGUUUGGAUUCAAACUCGUGUGCUUUUUUUAACUAUUCCUGUCAUUUCCAUCCAGCGUUUUUUAUGCAAUAUCCCAAAAUGAGCAUAGAAAUGGGUGGAUGGAAACAUAUCAUGUGUUAAUCAGGUUUAACCCUUUACUAACUGUCGCACAAACUGUGUUUAAUCUCAGUUGUAUCUCAAUGUGUUGAGCUCACAUUAGGGAUUUACACAUUAACGCACACACGCUGUCAGAUAUGCAUAUGUUUUCAAAUGAACCGUUUACGCAGCCGAAUGUUCACAGAAUCAGUAGUACAAUAAACGUCAUUUACAACA